AUGGUUUUUGAACAAGGGGGAGAUGAUGGUACUUUGAGAUACAGAGGCAUACUAUGUGUUCCAAACGUAGAUGGGCUCAGAGAGAGGAUUAUGUCAGAAGCCCACAAUUCUAGGUAUUCUAUUCACCCAGGUUCCACAAAAAUGUAUCACGAUCUUAAGGAGGUUUAUUGGUGGAACGAUAUGAAAAAGAAUAUAGCAGAUUUCGUGGCUAAGUGUCCAAAUUUCCAGCAGGUGAAAACAGAUGGACAGGCGGAACGCACCAUUCAGACUCUAGAGGAUAUGUUAAGGGUGUGUGUUAUUGAUUUUAAAGGUAAUUGGGACGAUCACCUACCUCUCAUUCAGUUUGCUUACAAUAACAGCUAUCACUCUAGUAUCAAGAUGGCACCGUACGAAGCUUUGUAUGGGCGAAGGUGUAGAUCACCAAUUGGUUGGUUGGAAGUCGGAGAAGCGGAGUUGUUAGGACCCGAUUUGGUCUAUCAGGCUAUGGAGAAAGUCAACUUUAUACAAAGGCAUUUGAAGACGGCUCAAAAUAGCCAAAAGUCCUAUUCGGACGCGCGGCGUAGAGACUUAGAGUUCCAAGUUGAUGAUUGGGUGUUUUUGAAAGUAUCGCCCAUGAAAGGCGUUAUGAUAUUUGGGAAGAAGGGGAAACUUAGUCCCCGCUAUAUUGGUCCAUAUAGAAUCCUGCGAAGGAUCGGACAGAAAUUCAUGGGAGACCCGUCACUUGUGGUUCCUACAGAAGUUAUAGGGGUUAAAGACAGCCUAUCUUAUGAAGAAAUUCUAGUGGCUAUUCUUGAUCGUCAAAUUCGCAAGCUCAGAACUAAGGAAAUUGCUUCAGUAAAAGUGCUUUGGAGGAAUCAAAAGAGUGAAGAGGCUACAUGGGAAGCCGAGGAGGACAUGAAGUCCAGAUAUCCCCAUCUCUUUGAAGGGCAAAAGGAAAAUGUGGAAGUUAUCAGUGUAUCAGCUAGCAGUUCAGUUUCAGUUUCAGUAUUUACAGCUCUUUUGUUCAGGUUGACGAUUCUGCUUGUUAGGACAUCUCGUAUCAGCUGUUGGUGA